AUGGGAUCCAACACACCAUCCACCUGGCGGCCGCUCAACGUCGGCGUCGUCGGCGGCGGCAUCGGUGGCAUGUCCGUGGCGAUUGCCCUGCGGCGCGCAGGCCACGGCGUGACAAUUUACGAGAAACACGACUUUGCGAGCGAGGUGGGCGCGUCCGUGUCGUGCGCGGCCAACGGCACGCGCUGGCUGCACGAAUGGGGCGUCGACGUGGCCAAGGGCGACCCGGUGGUGCUCAAGAAGCUCAUCAACCGCGACUGGAAGACGGGGGAGCCCGUGAGCGUCUACGACCUGGACGACUACGAGCAGCGCUGGGGCUACGUGUACAACAUGUUUCACCGGCAGUACAUGCACGCGAUGCUCAAAGACUGCGCCCUGCAGGCGGACGGCGCCGGGCGUCCGGCCAAGCUGGUCGUGAACCAUCAGGUACCGUUGUGCUUUUUUUCAAAACAAGACGAGGUGCGAGAAACUGACGGCGUGUGUAUCCAGUGCGAGACGAUUGACGUGGAGAGCGGAACAAUCACGUUCACGAAUGGCGCGUCGGCGCAGCACGACCUCGUCGUCGGCGCCGACGGCAUCGGCUCCGCGGUGCGCGGCCAGCUCGGCAUCCACCCGGCGAAGCGGCCGUCGGAGUCGAGCUGCCUGCACGCCAACGUGCGGACCGAGGACGCGGUGCGGCUCGGGCUGGUGGACUAUGCGCAGGACAGCGCGCUCGAGUACUGGGGCGGCCAGGAGGGCAAGUGGGACAAGAUUGUGCUCUCGCCGUGCAACGGCGGCCGCCUGCUCUCGUACUACUGCUUCUUCCCCCGCGCGCUCGGCGACUACUCGACGCAGCAGUGGGGUGCUGCCGACAGCAGCCGGCCCGUCGAGGAGCUGCUGGCGCCGUACCCGGAGCUGGACGCCCAGGUCAAGGCGCACCUGGCGAUUGGCGUCGAGAUUCAGCCGUGGAGGCUCUGGGUGCAUGAUCCGUAUCCGUAUAUUCAAAAAGGCAGAGUCUGUCUGCUUGGUGAUGCCGGCCACCCUAGCCAGGGGGCGUGCAUGGCGAUUGAAGACGCCGCCGCGCUGGGCAUCCUCUUUGACAAGCAGCAUUUUCUCGGCGACAUCUCCGAGACGCUCGCCGUAUACCAAGAGGUCCGUCUACCGCGCGUGACCAGAGUGCAGGCGGCCGCUGCGAAGGCUGCCUACAACAUCAACGAGAGAAUAGGUAACUACCCCCCCCCAGUCUUGUCGGAUUUGGGCUGCGGCACAUACAAGGUCGAGGACGAAAAGAAGAAGCUCACGGUGGAGGAGAUGAAUGCGUACGACAUGUACAAGGACGUCGAGGAGGUGCUGGCCAAGAGACGGGGCACGGUGUUUGGGGAAAGGUUCUGUCGUGGCUUGCCGCUGGGGCUCAAGCUGCCGAAUGGCGUGGUCGUGGGUGAGGAUAUUUGA